AUAAAUGUCCCACCUUAUUCCAUUCUCAUGCAUUGGAAAACCGCGCCCCAAUCACACACUCUUCACAUCUGAACAUCGUGUUGAUUCACUAAUCUAACCUUUGACCGUUACAAACGAGCUAACCUCCACACCCUGUUUCAACGAACCUUCCCAGUCUCUUAUAAAUAUUCCUCAAAUCUUGCGCCAACAUCAUUGGACUGAUGCAACUUGUUUUUUUUUUUUUUUUCUUCCUUCUUGAUCCUUCACACCUUCACUUGAUUCUUUCAUUUUCCUCAAAACUUUCAAACACCCACUUCCCCAUUUUCUUCUUCUGCAUCCUCACAAUCACUUCUUCAAAUCUCCCUUCUACAAAAAACUCAUUUUUCAUCACACAGCUUUGGGAUCUAUCAUUCAAUCCACGGUUUCUGGAAUGAAACUCCCCGUGUUUGGUGUUGUUCUUCAUCAUCAUCAUCAUCAUCAUCAUGUUUAACAUACCUUCAUCUCUUUCUGAAAUCUGCCUCACCCACUUUCGCCUUGCAAUCUCCACCGCGGAUCCAUGGCCCUUCUCAUGAAUCUCACCACACGCUACCGAAAACCUGCAAUAAAAACCUUUUUCCACUCUUUUUUAUACUUCUGAAAAGUCCCACAUUGUUUAGAAAGCUCUACCGAGAACAGUUUAUAAAUCCUCCGCUGAGAAAAGAUACUAGUGAUUUUUGUCAAGACGAUGCAAUUCAGACUCGGCAAGCGCGUUGUAAGGGUUGCUAAAUGUGUCUUCCGUCGGAUCAGGGUCAGAACCCGACCCGGAUACUACCACCGUCUCGGUGGUUCGACGACCCAUUCUAAGAAUCCCAUAACAACAAGGCUUCUCACGUGGGGGCAAAAACUGAAGAGAGGAGCGAAGACCUUAUGUGGGAAAAAUGGGUCGGGUUACCUUCCAAUAGGGUCGGAUCCGCUUUGUGACAGGGCUCCGGCGGUGCCGAAGGGGCACUUGGCGGUGUACGUUGGGGAGGAGGACGGCGGGUUCCGGCGCGUAUUGAUUCCGGUGAUCUACUGUAACCACCCUCUGUUCAGCGAUUUGCUGAGGGAAGCGGAAAAAGAGUUCGGGUUUGAACACCCCGGUGGGAUCACGAUACCGUGUCGACUUACCGAGUUUGAACGGGUUAAGACCCGUAUCGCGUCCGGGUCGGGUCAACGCGGGAGGACCCGGAGAUUGGGUUGGCCGCUACAACAUUAUUGAGGAACCCGGAGGUUGGUCAAUUACACGAUGACGACGAUAACGAGUUAUGGUGUUUUGGAAUUUUUGUUUUUUUCUUCUUCCUUAUAUUAGGUUGUAGUUUUUGUUUUUGUUGGGAAUUCUUGGGGUGGUGUUAGGUUUGGCUCUUUGGGUAGAUCUGAUGGGACAUCUGGUGUAAAUGGUGGUUUGAACAUAAAAGCAGAAUUAGGGAUACGUUAUGUAUAGAUUAAAUUCUAGAAAUGGUUUUUAUUUUCCUUCUUUUUUCUGAAAAAUAAUUCAGGUGAGUUUUUUUUUA